AUGGCAUCGCAAUCCAUCGACUCGCUUCGUGGUGGCCAGAACCGCCCAGGUGAGCAUCUCCAAGCAUUCGACUCUUCGUGCGAGCAUUGCUGAUGAAUUCCAGAUGGCCAGAGCGGACAGUUCCAGGGCACGGCUGGUAACGAACCAGCAGCAAACAACGUGAGUGUGAGAGAGAGAGACAGAGAGAGAGAGAGAGAGAGAGAGAGAGAUGCAGUCGGCAUAGAGCUAACGAUCCUUGCAGAAGCACCAGCCAGGCAAGCUUGUCGGCAACGAUGCCGUCCCCGAAUUCUCCGCCCAGACUCUCCCUCCCGGCUCAGCACCAGCCGACCGCACCUUCGCACCCAACACCGCUCUCGAGGAUCAGUCCACCGCUCCGCCCGUGGAGCGGUACAUGAAGGACGGUGUACGCGAUCCCGAAUCUCAGUCCACCAGCGCCGCCGACACCUUGAUUGGCGCUUCCUCCGCAGACGUCCACACCGGCUUGGGUCACCCAGGCGCUGGACAGACGUCCGCUGAGCUCCGUCACGAUGGCCAGCACCACCGUAAGAACCCAGGUAGUGGCCUCGACGGCCGUCUCGGAGGCGCCAACCAGUCCGAUAUCAACCCGCACGACCCAGCCUUUGCCGACCAGCGCGCCCUGAACGACGACAACGCCCAGAUCGGUCGGGGUGACGUCCCUCCGGCCGAGGAGCGUCUUCCUGAGGGAGCUCAGACUGUUGCCUCCGAGAACAAGAUCGGUCGCGACAGGCGGGCGUACGGCUCGUAA